CCCCGCCGCAGCUCUUCUGCUCCGUCCGGCGUCCCUCACCCUCUGCUGACCGUGACCACCAACGUCCACUGACCGUGACCACCGGCGUCCGCUCCAGUUCCAGCCGAGCGUCCCUUCCACUUCCGAUUUUCAGUUCCAGCCAAACAUAUUCAAAGCAGCGAUUUGACGUUUCCUCAACCCAGCCUCAACCAUUUCAGAUUUUCAGAUUUGUGCUAUUUCGAUAGACGAGACCUAUUUCGUUCAACUUUCAAGAUUUUAAAGUUCAAGCCGGUGUCAGUAAAAAUUUCCUUUCGUUCUCUUGUUUAACCGUUUGAUAUUUUUGAAAAUUAUGCUUGAAAUUAGUAUGUUUGUGAAUGCUUGAAAAUUAUGCUUGACAUUAGUAUGUUUGGCCGGUAAAAAUUUCCGGCGACAGAAGCAAAACCAACUACCCUACUUCUACGAUUCUACUCAUACAGAUUUGUCUCUACUAAGAGAGUCGAGACAUACGAUGGUAUUCAAACCAUAGAAAAGGGAUGUCUUAUAAAGUACUGCAGAAGUUGAGGUAUUGGGAUCCAAGGUUCUCUUCUCCUUAUGUCCUCAAAUACUUCCUUAGGAACUUUUCUCUAUGGUCAAUGAAGAAAGAUCCAGACCUUGAAUCAGCUCUAUCUCGUAAUCGUCGAUGGAUUGCCAAUAACCAAAUCAAGAAUAUUAUCCUUCGUUGUCCUGAUCAGGCAACACCUGUAAAAUUUCUCCAAAAGAAGUUCAAAACCCUCGACCUUCAAGGAAAAGCCCUUAAUUGGCUGAAAAAGUAUCCUUGCUGCUUUGAAGUUUAUCUCCACAAUGAUGAGCGCUACUUUCGGCUAACAAAGAGGAUGAUGGCUUUGGUUGAAGAGGAAGAAGCUGUCAAAGAUAUGCAGGAGCCUGUUGUUGUCAAACGGUUGGCAAAGUUGCUGAUGAUGGCUUCAAAUCAGAGACUAAAUGUCGUAAAACUCGGUGAAUUAAAGCAGAAUUUUGGGCUCUCGGAUGACUACUUGAUAAGAAUUGUACCCAAAUAUUCAGAUAUGUUUCGAAUUGUAAACUAUACUGGGAAAAAGAAUUCAAUGGAAAUAGAAUUGAUCUCUUGGAAACCCGAGCUAGCAAUUUCCAACAUAGAAUCUUCAGCUUGCAAGCAUGGGGUUGAGCCAGCUUUCUCUUGCUCACUGCCAACAACUUGGGUAAAUUCAUGGGAAAAGUUCCAUGAAUUUAAUGCUUCUCCAUAUGUGUCACCAUACGAAAAUCCUGCAGGCUUGGUGCAAGGUACAAAAGAGAUGGAAAAAAGAAUAGUGGGAUUGAUUCAUGAGAUAUUGUCAUUGACAUUAUGGAAGAAAGCAUCAAUUAUAAAGCUUGGACAUUUCAGCAGGGAAUUUGGUCUGCCAUUGAAGUUGAAUGCAUUGCUGCUUAAGCACCCUGGCAUAUUCUAUGUCUCAAACAAGUAUCAGAUUUACACUGUUGUUCUUAGAGAAGGGUAUAAUGGAUCAAAAUUAAUUGAGAAAGAUCCACUAGUGGUUGUAAAAGAGAAGUUUGGAGAAUUGAUGCAGGAAGGACUUCAUGAAUAUAACAAGCGACAUCAUUUGAUGAAUUUAGAAAAGAAGAGAAUGAAGGGAAUGCUUUUGGGUAGAUCAGAAAAGAACAAGAGGAAAGAUUUUGAACCAGAUGAUCCUGAUGGUCAAGGAAACAAUCUAGGAGGUUUACUUGAGCCAGAGGAAAGGAAAAGAUUCUACCAGUCUCUCUUUGAUGAUGGUCUUGCAUAACUUGUAGGUGCUCGCUAGAACUUCAUAUGGUUCUAAACAUUCAACCGUUUGGUAAUUAUUUGGUUUUUUAUUUUUGUUUUUGAAAAUUAAGCCUAGACAUUACUUCCA